UGUGUCUCCACCCACAAUGGAAGUUGACGCUUGGUUCUGCCUGUCCUCACUCUCUUAGGUGGACGUUGUAUAUGAGAGAAGGGAGGUGUUCUGUGGGCUGCUGUCCACUGUAAGGGUGUAAACUGAGGAGAUCCUUGUAGACUGAGGAGGACAGGGCAAGGUAGGGUGGGGGACAGGGCAAGGUGGGGAGGAGGACAGGGCGAGGUGGGGAGGAGGACAGGGCAAGGUAGGGUGGGGGACAUGGUGUCCCUCCUGAUGCGUGUCUUCCGUUUGGGGGCGGAGAAAAAGAGGGUGAAGCUCUACGAGAACCUCCGGAGAGACGUGGACCCGCGGGAGACCUGGGACACCCAGGGGGAGCUGGGAGACGGGGCCUUCGGGAAGGUCUACAAGGUACCAGCAGGCUGGGGCCUAAUACUCAACUCUUGUUUUACUUCCUGGUUUGGUCUCCUACUUUCCUCUCCUCUUCAAACCAAACCGAAUCCUUCAAGGGAUUCAAUUGCAGAUGAAUUUGUAACCUGAAAAUUCCUCAACUAAAAUUCUAUCAUCUCUGAUGGGAUGGAGAGGAAUGAACCCUAACUCUGGAUUGAAUUCAAAAUGCUAAUGAUGGAGUGAAAUUACAUCUCAGUGCAAAACAAGAGCAGCCAACUGUGUUACCAAACUGUGUUGUGGAUCCUCUCCACGGGUGACAGAGUAUAUAUAGCAUAGGCCGUUAGGUCAUACUGUGGGUUGCCUAUUUCCUGCCAACCCAUAUAGGCUGAAAUAUAACUUCCUGUCUUGACGUACAACCCACACGCAUCUGCUCUUAAUUGUUUUGCAACAUCACCUUGACUAUUGUUGCAUGGAGCUGACUGAGUUCUAACUUUACUGUGAUUGUCUUAUUUCUCAUUUGUUUAAUUGUAAAUGUAAAAUACUGUUGUAUAGUUUUGAACCCAAGAUGCAAAUUAAGGCCCUCUAUAUUACAUUUGUGUAAUGUUUCACUGGUAUAAUUUACCAUAUUAUGAGUUCAAGGUAUAUUUUAUGUUUUAACUGUCUUUCUUUAUACAAAGCCUGUGAGAAGAUCAUGAAUAACACAUGCACAUAUCUUGUAAAGUCAGUAUAGAUGGCCCCAUAGAGACCUGUGUACUUUUCUGUGUGUGUUCAGGCCCAGAACCACACCACUGGGGCCCUGGCUGCUGCUAAAGUGAUGGAGGUGCGCAAUGAGGAACAGCUGGAGGACUACAUUACCGAAAUUGACAUCCUGGCAGCCUGUCACCAUCACAACAUCCUUGGGUUGUUGGACGCCACUUUCUUUGAGGGCUGGCUGUGGGUGAGUGAGGUCUUUUUCAGCUGCUCGAGUCGAUUGCCAGGUGUCAGUAUUAAGACUUUUUGGAGGGGGGUUUCAGUGAACUAUACAGUAUGCAUCAUUAUACAGGCUAUAGCUAAUUGAUUAUGGAUUAAAUCACUCUCUGUUUCAUAGAUCCUGGUUGAGUUCUGCCCAGGGGGGGCCUUGGAUGACAUCAUGUUAGGUGGGAGCCAAGAAUCAUGCACUCCUUAGUUUCCACUUCUUUAGUUUUUCCUCCUCUGGGAAGCAACUCAUGUUUGUACUUAUACGUUUGUGUUUGUUUGUGUGUAUCCCCCAGAGCUGGAGCGGGGCCUGUCUGAGCAGCAGAUCAGUGAGGUGUGCUGUCAGACGCUGCAGGCUCUGUCCUACCUGCACCAGCAACACAUCAUCCACAGAGACCUGAAGGCAGGCAACAUCCUUCUAACCAUGGAGGGACAUGUCAAACUGGGUACAACACAGCACAGCACACACUCCUACAAUUACUGGAUUAUCUCUCUCUCUGUUCUAUUCUCUCUCUCCGAUUGUCCGUCCAACCAUUUGUCUGUCUACCUGACUGUGUCUGUCUAUGUUUUGUUUAUAUGUCUAUCCUAGUGUCUCUCAUAGUGUAUCAGUGCCUCUCAUUGAGUCCUCUCAAAUAUCUCUUCCCAUCCCUAGCUGACUUCGGAGUGUCUGCCAAAAACACUCACACCCUCCAGAGAAGAGCCACUUUCAUUGGAACCCCUUACUGGUUUGUUUUACUCCUAUCAUGAUUUUAUGUUGAAAUGUUGAUAGCAUGCAGCCACAUUCCCAUGUCUUCAACUUCAUGUUUUCAACAACCCCAAUGUGUAAAUGUAUCUGUUCGUCCCUUUGUCCGCCCGUCCGUCUGUCUUUCCUAGGAUGGCUCCCGAGGUGAUCCAGUGCGAGGCUUCCAAGGAGAACCCGUAUGGCCCCAAGGCUGACAUCUGGUCCCUGGGUGUGACGCUGAUUGAGGCUGCAGAGAUGGAGCCUCCCCACCACUCACUCAACCCGAUGAGGGUCCUGCUCAAGAUCACCAAGUCCGCCCCACCCACCCUCAGCAACCCACACCUCUGGUGAGUCAAGGUCUGCAUCCCAAAUGGCACCCUAUUCUUUAUUUAGUGCUCUACUUUUGACCAUCCAGAGCAUGCUGGCUUGUUCUCCCGUUUCCAGGUCCUCUCAUUUCCAGGACUUCCUGCAAAGGGCGCUGCAGAAGAGCCCCGAGGCCCGGUGGGGAGCCCAGCAGCUUCUGGCCCACCCCUUCCCUUGCGCUGGACGGGACGGCCGAGCCCUGCGGGAACUCAUCGCAGAGGCCAAGGCAGAGGUGAUGGAGGAGACAGCGGUAAGAGAUGGGGACUGUUCUAUGAUACAUCCCAAAUAGCACCCUAUUCCUUAUAAAAUACACUACAUUUAACCAGAACCCUAUGGGAUUGGUCAAUAGGGUAGAAUUUGGAAUGCAGUGCCUCGAGUUACACACUUGAUUUGAGGGAUGAUGCCUUUCCUACUGGAAAUCUGCAGAGCAUGGACCUGAAAAUUUUUGGGAACGUUUCUCUACUUCUGCCUCUAUAUAGUAUAGGUGAAAGUUCGUAAAUCACCUUUACAGUGGGGAAAAAAAGUAUUUAGUCAGCCACCAAUUGUGCAAGUUCUCCCACUUAAAAAGAUGAGAGAGGCCUGUAAUUUUCAUCAUAGGUACACGUCAACUAUGACAGACAAAAUGAGAAAAAAAUCCAGAAAAUCACAUUGUAGGAUUUUUAAUGAAUUUAUUUGCAAAUUAUGGUGGAAAAUAAGUAUUUGGUCAAUAACAAAAGUUUCUCAAUACUUUGUUAUAUACCCUUUGUUGGCAAUGACACAGGUCAAACGUUUUCUGUAAGUCUUCACAAGGUUUUCACACACUGUUGCUGGUAUUUUGGCCCAUUCCUCCAUGCAGAUCUCCUCUAGAGCAGUGAUGUUUUGGGGCUGUCGCUGGGCAACACGGACUUUCAACUCCCUCCAAAGAUUUUCUAUUGGGUUGAGAUCUGGAGACUGGCUAGGCCACUCCAGGACCUUGAAAUGCUUCUUACGAAGCCACUCCUUCGUUGCCCGGGCGGUGUGUUUGGGAUCAUUGUCAUGCUGAAAGACCCAGCCACGUUUCAUCUUCAAUGCCCUUGCUGAUGGAAGGAGGUUUUCACUCAAAAUCUCACGAUACAUGGCCCCAUUCAUUCUUUCCUUUACACGGAUCAGUCGUCCUGGUCCCUUUGCAGAAAAAUAGCCCCAAAGCAUGAUGUUUCCACCCCCAUGCUUCACAGUAGGUAUGGUGUUCUUUGGAUGCAACUCAGCAUUAUUUGUCCUCCAAACACGACAAGUUGAGUUUUUACCAAAAAGUUCUAUUUUGGUUUCAUCUGACCAUAUGACAUUCUACCAAUCCUCUUCUGGAUCAUCCAAAUGCACUCUAGCAAACUUCAGACGGGCCUGGACAUGUACUGGCUUAAGCAGGGGGACACGUCUGGUACUGCAGGAUUUGAGUCCCUGGCGGCGUAGUGUGUUACUGAUGGUAGGCUUUGUUACUUUGGUCCCAGCUCUCUGCAGGUCAUUCACUAGGUCCCCCCGUGUGGUUCUGGGAUUUUUGCUCACCGUUCUUGUGAUCAUUUUGACCCCACGGGGUGAGAUCUUCCGUGGAGCCCCAGAUCGAGGGAGAUUAUCAGUGGUCUUGUAUGUCUUCCAUUUCCUACUAAUUGCUCCCACAGUUGAUUUCUUCAAACCAAGCUGCUUACCUAUUGCAGAUUCAGUCUUCCCAGCCUGGUGCAGGUCUACAAUUUUGUUUCUGGUGUCCUUUGACAGCUCUUUGGUCUUGGCCAUAGUGGAGUUUGGAUUGUGACUGUUUGAGGUUGUGGACAGGUGUCUUUUAUACUGAUAACAAGUUCAAACAGGUGCCAUUAAUACAGGUAACGAGUGGAGGACAGAGGAGCCUCUUAAAGAAGAAGUUACAGGUCUGUGAGAGCCAGAAAUCUUGCUUGUUUGUAGGUGACCAAAUACUUAUUUUCCACCAUAAUUUGCAAAUAAAUUCAUUAAAAAUCCUACAAUGUGAAUUUCUGGAUUUCUUUUCCUCAAUUUGUCUGUCAUAGUUGACGUGUACCUAUGAUAAAAAUUACAGGCCUCUCUCAUCUUUUUAAGUGGGAGAACUUGCACAAUUGGUGGCUGACUAAAUACUUUUUCCCCCCACUGUAUAACAUUGAGUAUUUUAAUUUUUACCUUAAAGUAGAUUAAUAGAAAAUGAUCUCCUACAGUCUGUCUAAAAUGAUCUGCAAUGGUAACCCUCCUCCUAUCCAUUUCUCUGCCAGUCCCUGAUAGAUAACAGGGGCUCUCGAGACGAGGACAUGGUUUUGGGGCCGGAUGGAGGGACUGCACAGUCCAAGCAGCAGCAAGAGGAAGUGACAAUGCAGGUACCAGAGAAACCUCAGGAGGGCCCAUCUACCAUACAGGCUGGUAUGAGUCCACCACCACCUCCACCCAACCCUGACCCGGUCUCUUCCUCCACCCCAGUGAAAAAUGGGGGCACCACUGGGACCAAGGGGGCCAAGUGUCUGUCAGUAUGGGAGCCAGGGACCUUCCUCUCCUUUCUGACUGCAGCCUCUCGCCGCUGCAAGUCCGGCCUCUGGGGAGACACCCCAUCGAUUUCAGCCAAUCAGAGCCAGCAAAACAAGGAGGACAGUCCCACUGGCCAAUCAGAAGAGCAGGAAGUGACAAAUCCAGCGGGAGAGAGGGAUGCAGGGAACGCGGAGAAGGAUCUGUGUGAGAACAUUGGGAGGGGCAGCAUCCUCCCCAUCCCUAAAACGAAUGGCACGGGAGAUGAAGGAGAAAAGGAAGAAAAGGAUGAGGGGCAGAAAAAAGAGGAGGAUGAAAUUGCAAGUGACUGCGAGGCCCAAGACUUUGACUCGGAAGUGGUUUCUUCUUCUGAACAGAAAAUAGUAGGCAUCCACACUGACAUGAACCAAAACUGUACCAAUGACUCGGGUGAUGAUGCACUUUUCUGUGACGAUAACCAACCAAUGACUGAGGCUCAAUGUUCAGUUGAGGAGAUUUGUAUCCUCAAAGCAGGACCAUCCAAUGACAUUAACAGUAGGGUAGAAGAAGCUCCUAGCCUGUCAGUGCAAACACACAAUCCACUGGUUAUAGCCUUGUCUUUGGAAAUGCCCCAGCCAUCCACAAAGGAGAUAGGAGAAAGCCAGCACUCUGUGCUAGACUUCCUGGACCUGUCCACUCAUAACCACUUCAAGAUGGCCACCAGUGGGAAAACUAAGGAAGAGACCAAACAGAGUGUCAAAGAGAAAGAGACUGAAUUGACCAAGGAGGAAAUACAAGAGGAGAGGGGAGAGGAGGCGCAGCAGGAGGAAGAUGAGGAGAUAUUGGAAGAGAAUGAACUAUCCGCUAUGAGAGAUGAAGAGGGAGAGCACGAGGAGAGAAGAGUAGAAGAAAGGGAUGAGAUGCAGAUAAAUGAAGACGGAAUACAAGGCAAGACAUGUGUGGAAGAAGAACAGGAGGACAACGUGGAGUUGAAGACAAGUGUGGGAAAACGAAUGGAUUUAGAAGAACAUGAGGCAAGUCCUGAAAUGGAGGACGGAGAAUCUAAGAGUGGUAUUGAAGAGAACGUACCAUCAGAACAAACAGGAGAAAUACAGACUAAAACAGAGCAGCAAAUAAGUGAUGUUUCACACAAACCUGAAUCAACUAUGGAAGUUGAUACCAGUGAAAAGGAGAAGCGUUUAAGCGCAGAGACAGAAAAUGAAAUCCUUGAUCUCGAUGUGACUGAAUUUGAAAAUGUAGACAGAGCAGAGGGAAAAAAUGAACAGAGUAAAGAGGACCUUGGAUUAGAAAGCGAUAACAUAGUGACCAUCCAAGUACAAGAAACUGAUAUGACCAUAAAGCAGGAAGCGAAAGAAAAGGGGGACCAACAAGGGGACAGUAAGGGAGAAGAGAAGAUGACAGACCUCCCAACUGGGGAACCUAUGACGAAGGUGAACUUGACCUUGGAGUCAGAUAGAGGGAGGGAGGGAGGAGGGAAAGAGGAAGGAGGGAAAGAGGAGGGAGGGAGGGAGCUGGAGGAAGGAGGGAAGGCUAGUCAGACACAGUUGGACAUAGUGACUGAACAGAGCUCAACCAGAUCUCAGGGAACUGCUAUAGACAGAGUACAGCCGAACUCAGCAUCAAAUGAUAACUGGCACCAAGUGACAGACAAGAUGGCUGCCAGUGAAGACCAAGCUGACACGACAGAGAAAGUCAACUCAGUCUCGACAAUGUCAAGACCUGUAGAGGUGAGUGAUAGUGAUCAGAGCAAGUUUGCACCCAUUGUUUCCCCAUGUGAAUACAACAUAGAAUGCAGAACAUGAAGGUACAAUUAAAGACAUGCGCUGGAACUUUGGCGACUAGUAAGUCUUUUUUAAACCUCCCCCUUUGGGCUAGAUGUUUCAAUGUGUAGUUUAUACAUUCAUAAUCUAUGAGCAGAAUUACUUUCUUAUCUCAAUUAGCCACGAAAUCCCUAGUUUUCUGGAAGCAUUUUCCCUAUAUUUCCCCCCACAUGGGCCAGCCCCCUAGCAAUCAAGUUUCAGCCAAUGGGCUUCAGCCAAUGAACUUCAGCCCCUCGCCAUUUGAGUGACAGUUAGUAAGAUGCACACACAGCAAAGCGAGAGAUAGAGAGCAAUGAUGUGGUGCACAUAUCUGCACAAAAUCAAAGUUUGUCACGUGCUUUCAAACCUCAAAAGUAUCUGGGGAUGUGGAAGACCACUUUUGAGGUCUGAAAACAUCUGACAAACUUAGAUUUUAGAGUGUAAUGUCUUUAAGAGAAUGAAUAAGAGGUGUUGUGUGCUUCCCUAGAUAGAUUACACCAACUAAACAGAGGCACUUUGUGACUCUGCAAUCUUUUCUUUGUUGUAUUCAGGAGUUGAUUCAUAACAGGAAGACGAUCAAAAGGACCCGGAAGUUCAUGGUGGACGGCCGAGAGGUCAGUGUCACCACAUCAAAGGUCCUGAAGGAGAGCGAUGUGAAGGAGCAGCACAUGCGGUCCGCUAGGUAAACCAUCUUCUUGGAUGGGAGACUUAAACACAUUCAACACAUUCACUUCACUGUGUGUGUGUGUGUGUGUGUGUGUGUGUGUGUGUGUGUGUGUGUGCGUGCGUCUGAUUGUGCAGGCGCCAGGAGCUGCAGGCUCUAAAGCUCCUUCAGAGGGUGGAGCAGAGAGAGUAUGCCCAGAUGGAGCAGCGGCUGCAGCAGCAGAGAGAGAUUAUGUUCCGACAAAUCGCUCAGGAGAUGACCGUGAGUAGUGGGGCCCUAUUAAAAACACUGUUCUCUCGAUAUGUUUGAAUCCUACAUUCUCUUAUUACCCCAUUGUGACUGCCAAUAACACCUGUUUUUUUAGUUUUAAGAUAUGGGAUUUGAAUUUGAUGGCCUAUUAGGGAACAACUCAUUUUCAAUGUUGAGUGAGUACAUGAGGUUUGUGGCAAUCUUUCCCCCUGCCUUCCAAACUCAAACAAAUGUGGUGUGUGUUGUGUGCAUUGCAUAGAACAAGAAGCAGUACUACGACAGUGCGCUGGAGCGGCUGGAGAAGCAGUAUGUGCAGCAGAGCAGCCGCAUGGAGGAAGAGCAUACAGCCAGGCUCAGAGAGGACGCACGCAGACUCAAGAGCCAGCAGGAGAGAGAGCUGAACCGCAAGGCUGCUGUAAUGAAGGCUCAACCCAGAGAGGUACAUACACACGCACACAGACACACACACUGAGCCCUUCGUAUAUCUUGCCUCCUUUUGUGUUCACUCAAGGAGCAGCGUUACCUGCAGAAGCAGCAGCAGGAACUCAACGAGAUGCUCCAGAAAGAAGUCCAGGAACACAAGAGGAAGGUGGCCUCUAUGGAGUGGGACAUAACUGUCAAGACCCAGCAGCUUAAGCGAGGUACACACACACACACACACACACACACACACACACACACACACACGCAUGCACUCACAUACACACGCACACACAAAUUGGUUACGAUUAUGGGCUGCUUUAUGACAAAGGUUAGGAAAAUAAAAUCAAAGUUUAUUGGUCGGGUAUACAGUUUAGCAGAUGUUAUAGCGGGUACAGCAAAAUGCUUAUGUUACUAGCUCCUAACAAUGCAGUAAAAUGUCAAAAAAGUACACUCAUAAUUUAAAAAUAAAAAGCUAAAAAAACAAGAAAUCAAGAACGUUGGGAUGAAUCGAAUUAACAACCCAAAUAGCACUGUAACAGUAAUCAAAAUGCAAUCUAUACAUAUGUACACCGGAAGAAUUUACACAAGAUAUAUUAAGAAUGAUAUGUACAGCAGUAGAUAUAAAAUCUAGAAUCGGCUUCCUAUUUCGCAACAAAGCCUCCUUCACUCAUGCUGCCAAACAUGCCCUCGUAAAACUGACUAUCCUACCGAUCCUUGACUUCGGCGAUGUCAUUUACAAAAUAGCCUCCAACACUCUACUCAGCAAAUUGGAUGUAGUCUAUCACAGUGCCAUCCGUUUUGUCUCCAAAGCCCCAUACGCUACCCACCACUGUGACCUGUACGCUCUUGUUGGCUGGUCCUCACUACAUGUUCGUCGUCAAACCCAUUGGCUCCAGGCCAUCUAUAAAUCACUGCUAGGCAAAUCCCCGCCUUAUCUUAGCUCAUUGGUCACCAUAGCAGCACCCACCCGUAGUCUGCGCUCCAGCAGGUAUAUCUCACUGGUCAUUCCCAAAGCCAACACCUCCUUUGGCCGCCAUUCCUUCCAGUUCUCUGCUGCCAAUGACUGGAACGAAUUGCAAAAAUCUCUGAAGCUGGAGACUCUUAUCUCCCUCACUAACUUUAAGCAUCAGUUGUCAGAGCACCUUACCGAUCACUGCACCUGUACACAGCCCAUCUGAAAUUAGCCCACCCAACUACCUCAUCCCUAUAUUGUUAUUUAUUUUGCUCUUUUGCACCCCAGUAUCUCUAUUUGCACAUAAUCUCUUGCACAUCUAGCAUUCCAGUGUUAAUACUAUUGUAAUUAUUUUGCACUAUAGCCUAUUUAUUGCCUUACCUCCAUAACUUGCUACAUUUGCACACACUGUAUAUAUAUUUUCUGUUGUAUUUUUGACUUUAUGUUUUUUACCCCAUAUGUAACUCUGUGUUGUUUUUAUCGCACUGCUUUGCUUUAUCUUGGCCAGGUCGCAGUUGUAAAUGAGAACUUGUUCUCAACUGGCUUACCUGGUUAAAUAAAGGUGAAAUAAAAAAUAAAUAAAAUAUAUUAGAGUGAGCUAUGUCAAGAAUCCACUAUAUAAAUACAUAUGUGGUGUGUAUAAACAGUGUAACUAAAUACAAAGUACAGUAGUAGAAAUGUUAGAAUGAGGUAUGUCGGGAAUACAGUAUUUAAAUAUUCAGUGUGAAACGGGAAGUGUCCAGUGGUUCAGUGUCUCUAUGACAUGGAACAGCAGUGUUGGCUGUGUGUGUGUGUGUGUGUGUAUAUGUGUGUGUGUGUUUGUGAGUAUUAGGUGUGUGUGUGUGUGUGAUAGCUUGUGUGAGUGUUUUGUGUGAGUGAGUGUGCAUCACCUGGUAGACAGCUAGUGAUGGCUGUUCAACAGUCUAAUGGCCUGGUAAUAGAAGCUGUUCAACAGUCUAAUGGCCUGGUAAUAGAAGCUGUUCAACAGUCUAAUGGCCUGGUAAUAGAAGCUGUUCAACAGUCUAAUGGCCUGGUAAUAGAAGCUGUUCAACAGUCUAAUGGCCUGGUAAUAGAAGCUGUUCAACAGUAUAAUGGCCUGGUAAUAGAAGCUGUUCAACAGUCUAAUGGCCUGGUAAUAGAAGCUGUUCAACAGUCUAAUGGUCUGGUAAUAGAAGCUGUUCAACAGUCUAAUGGCCUGGUAAUAUAAGCUGUUCAACAGUCUAAUGGCCUGGUAAUAGAAGCUGUUCAACAGCCUAAUGGCCUGGUAAUAGAAGCUGUUCAACAGUCUAAUGGCCUGGUAAUAGAAGCUGUUCAACAGUCAAAUGGCCUGGUAAUAGAAGCUGUUCAACAGUCAAAUGGCCUGGUAAUAGAAGCUGUUUUUUAGCACUGAUGCAUCUGUUCUGAGUGACUCCAUCUGCCAGACGGUAGCCGAGUAAACAGUCCCUGGCUCGGGUGACUGAGGUCCUUAAUGACCUUCUUGGCCUUCCUUUGACACUGAGUGCUGUAAAUGUCCUGGAGGGCAGGCAGCGUGCUCUGAUGAUGUGUUGUGCUGACCGUCCCACGCUCUGGAGAGCUCCUUCAUUUUGUGGAAGAGGGAGGGCUCUGGCCUCCUCCCUGGAGGCUGUCUGGUCGUUGUUGGUAAUCAGGCCUACCACUGUCGUGUCGUCAGCAAACUUGAUGAUUGAGUUGGAGUCGUGCGUUUCCACGCAGUCAUGGGUGAACAGGGAGUACAGGAGGGGGCUGAGCACCCACCCCUGGGGGGCCCCUGUGUUGAGGAUCAGCGUGGCGUAGGUGUUGUUGCCUACCGUCACCACUUGGACUCGGACCGCCAGGAAAUCUAGGACCCAGUUGCACAGGGAGGAGUUCAGACCCAAGGUCCUGAACUUAGUAAUGAGCUUGGAGGGCACUAUGGUGUUAAAAGCUGAGCUAUAGUCGAUUAACAGCAUUCUCACAUAGGUAUUCCUCUUUUCCAGGUGGGAUAAGGUGGUGUUUAGCUUGUCUGGAAGUGAGGCGUCUGUGUCUGUGGCAUGGCUGGUUUUCCCUUUAUAAUCUGUGAUUGACUGAAGUCUCUGCCACAUGCGUCUCGUGUCAGAGCCGUUGAAUUGCGACCUACACUGUCUUUUUGCCUCUUUGAUUGUCUUGCGGAGGUCAUAGGUGAUCUUUUUGUACUCGUCCAUGUUUCUAGUCACCUUGCCAUGGUUAAAUGUGGUGGUUCGUGCUUUGAGUUUUGUGCAAAUGCCACCAUCUAUCCACAGUUUUUGGUUUGGGUAUGUUUUAAUCGUCACAGUAGGAACAACAUCCUCUAUGCACUUCCUGAUGAACCCAGAGACAGAGUCAGUGUAUUCGUCAAUGUUAAUAUCCCAGUCCAUGUGAUCAAAACAGUCCGUGAUGCAAACAGCUGUGAAUUAUCUCGGGAGAUAAUUGAGUCAGUAUUCCAGGUCAGUGGAACAGAAACUCUUAAGUUCCUACAAUCACACCAUGAGUUGUUGAUCAUGAAACAUACUCCUCCGCCUUUGUUUUUCCAACAAAGUAAAUUUUCCCUGUCCGUGCAAUGUACAGAAAACCCUGCAGGCUGUAUAGCCUGAUCAGGCACCACCCCCAACAUCCAAGUCUCUGUAAAGCAGAUUCCGUUAGUCUCUCAUAUCUCUCUGGUAGGAAAUCCGCGCGCUGAGCUCGCAAAGUUUAUUGUCCAGAGACUGUACAUUAGCAAGUAAUAUACUUUCUACCACUCUAAAUUUCAAGCCUCUGCCUCUAACCCUAGGAAGCUCUUUGCCACCUUCUCCUCCCUGCUGAAUCUCCCUCCUCCUCCCCCUCCCUCAUCCCUCUCUCAUGACUUCGUCAACCAUUUUGAAAAGAAGGUUGACGACAUCCGAUCCUCAUUUAUUAAGUCAAAUGACACCGCUGGUCCUGCUCACACUGCCCUACCCUAUGCUUUGACUUCUUUCUCCCCUCUCUCUCCAGAUGACUUGUGACGGCCGGCCGCCCAACAACCUGCCCGCUUGACCCUAUCUUCUCCAGACCAUUUCCGGAGACCUUCUCCCUUACCUCACCUCCCUCAUCAACUCAUCCUUGACCACUGGCUAUGUCCCUUCCAUCUUCAAGAGAGCGAGAGUUGCACCCCUUGUCAACAACUACAAACCAGUAUCCCUUCUUUAUUUUCUCUCCAAAACUCUUGAGCGUGCUGUCUCUAGCCAACUCUCCUGCUAUCUCUCUCAGAAUUACCUUCUUGAUCCAAACCAGUCAGGUUUCAAGACUGGUCAUUCAACUGAGACUGAUCUUCUCUGUGUCACAGAGGCUCUCCGCACUGCUAAAGCUAACUCUCUCUCCUCUGCUAACUCUCUCUCCUAUCCGCUGCCUUUGAUACUGUGAACCAUCAGAUCCUCCUCUCCACCCUCUCCGAGUUGGGCAUCUCCGGCGCUGCUCACUCUUGGAUUGCGUCCUACCUGACAGGUUGCUCCUACCAGGUGGCGUGGCGAGAAUCUGUCUCCGCACCACAUGCUCUCACCACUGGUGUCCCCCAGAGCUCAGAUCUAGGCCCUCUCCUAUUCUCUCUAUACACCAAGUCACUUGGCUCUGUCAUAUCCUCACAUGGUCUCUCCUAUCAUUGCUACGCAGACGACACACAAUUAAUUUUCUCCUUUCCCCCUUCUGAUAACCAGGUGGCGAAUCGCAUCUCUGCAUGUCUGGCAAACAUAUCAGUGUGGAUGUCGGAUCACCACCUCAAGCUGAACCUCGGCAAGACGGAGCUGCUCUUCCUCCCGGGGAAGGACUGCCCGCUCCAUGAUCUCGCCAUCACGGUUGACAACUCCAUUGUGUCCUCCUCCCAGAGUGCAAAUAACCUUGGCGUGACCCUGGACAAUACCCUGUCGUUCUCCGCUAACAUCAAAGCGGUGACCCGAUCCUGCAGGUUCAUGCUCUACAACAUUUGCAGAGUACGACCCUACCUUACAUAGAAAGCGGCACAGGUCCUAAUCCAGGCACUUGUCAUCUCCCGUCUGGAUUACUGCAACUCGCUGUUGGCUGGGCUCCCUGCCUGUGCCAUUAAACCCCUUCAACUUAUCCAGAACGCUGCAGCCCGUCUGGUGUUCAAACUUCCCAAGUUCUCUCAUGUCACCCUGCUCCUCCGCACACUCCACUGGCUUCCAGUUGAGGCUCGCAUCUACUACAAGACCAUGGUGCUUGCCUACGGAGCUGUGAGGGAAACGGCACCUCCUUACCUUCAGGCUCUGAUCAGACCCUACACCCAAACGAGGGCACUACGUUCAUCCACCUCUGGCCUGCUAGCUCCCCUACCUCUACGGAAGCACAGUUCCCGCUCAGCCCAGUCAAAGCUAUUCGCUGCUCUGGCACCCCAAUGGUAGAACAAACUCCCCCACGACGCCAGGACAGCGGAGUCACUGACCACCUUCCGGAGACACUUGAAACCCUACCUCUUUAAGGAAUACCUGGAAUAGUAUAAAGUAAUCCUUCUCCCCCACCCCACAUAAAAAAAUAAAAUUAAAAAAAGGGUGGUUGUCCCACUGGCUAUCAUAAGUUGAAUGCACCAAUUUGUAAGUCGCUCUGGAUAAGAGCGUCUGCUAAAUGACGUAAAUGUAAAUGUAAAUCAGACCGACAGGAAAUGAGACAUUGACCAAAAUGCCGAUAUUGACUGUGUUUGUGCCUAUAUAAAUAUUUUAUUAAUUCACAUGUAUGUGAUGCUUGUCUGCAGCCCGGGAAUCACUGAUUUGGGAGAUGGAGCAGCGUCAUCUGCAAGAGAAGUACCACCUCUUUAAGCAGCAGGUGAAGGAGCAGUAUUCACUGCAAAGACAACAGCUCUGCAAGAGGCACAGCAAAGUGAGUUGGAAUGCUCUCACUAACAAGAACCCCCCAAACAUGCACUUGCAUACACAAAUGCACGCACAGAGACACACACACACGCACAUGCAGGCAUGCAGGCAUGCACAAACACUAUGACUUAUAUCCACUCCCUCCUCCCCUCCCCUCCCAGGAUACAGACAGGGUGUCUCAGUUCCAUCGGGCGUUACUGGAUGAGCAGAGGACCCAGCAGGCCCAGGAGAGUACCCAGCUCCAACGAGCCCAGCGCACCGAGGCCAAGGCCCGGCUGGCCCACUUCAAGCUGGAGCUGAAGACACAGGGCCUGACUGGGCCAGAGCACCGGCAGCGCCUCACACUGGUCGGUACAGGGAACUUGUAUAGCGUCUGAGUUCCCAAAUAGUUAACAAACAUUCUUUGCAGUGCUACUUGGCCACUAGUAAUUCAUCGUUUGGCAAUCCUCUUUCUCUUUCGAUGUCUCUUUUUCUCCAUCUCUCACUUUCUCGCUCUCUUUCUCUGCCUCUCUCUCACUCACUUUCUCUUUCUGUCAUUGUCUCUCUCUCUCUCUGUCAGUUUGUGUCGUCGGAGGAGGGCAGGCAGCGAGAGGAGAGGCAGAGUUUGAAGCAGGACCAGGAGGGCCAGCUGAGGGAGGUGCAGGAGCAGUGUGACGGCAAUAUGGCCAAACUCCUGGAGCUGCAGGUGGACUACACUAUACCCCAUGUGUUAGCAAGCUCAUUUGGUUGUAGAUAUAAAUGUUAUAUGUACUAUAAACUGGUAUACUCUAUAAUAUAAUGUAUUAAUAUAAUCAAAUACGCAUAAUUGAUUAUAUGAAGAACGUGCAAAAAAUGAAUGCGUGUGUGUGCGUUUGUGCUCGUGUGUUUCAGAAUGAGAAACUGCAGCUGUUAGUUGACAUGGAGAAGAAGAAGAUUCAGAGACUAGAGGAUGAACACACUCUGGAGCUGAACGAGUGGGAAGACAAGCUGGCCUGCAGGAAAGAGGUAUGGGAGAUAGAGAGAGAAAGAAAUUAAGGUUGUUGUGGGAAUAAUGUCUUGAAUGGCAAAAAAAAAAAUUCUGUUGAUCCAUUAGCCAUGCACACCAUGUUAACAGGUUAAUGACGAGGGGCAACCGGGUGGUUUUUUAAAUCUGAAAACAUGCUCCCUUUCCUUUGCACUUGUUGACCUUAAAGAUCUGAAAAGGUUCAAUAAGGUCAGGUAUGGACCCAGGGAGAAAUGGAAAUUGCUCAAUGUUCAGUUGUCAUAACCAUUAGACAUGCAUACCACGUUAACAGCUUGCUGCUUGAAGGGACACCAGGGCUACACUUUGAAUCCAAAAACAUGUUCCUUUGCACUUGUUGGCAUGACCUUGAUGACCUGAAAGGUUCAAUGAGGGUAUAGUCUGUCUGUCUGUCCGUCUGCCCAUAGGUCCGUCCAUCAGUCUGUGUUUGAACAUGUUUCUUCUGCUUGUCUGUGCAGGCAUUGUCUGGUAUAGUCUUUCUGUCUGUCUGUCUGUCUGUGUAUCUAUCUGUGUAUGUCCGUCUGUCGUUCAUACGUCCGUCCAUCUGUCUGUGUUGGUCUGUGUGUGCAGGUGUUGGAGGAAGACCUGGCUCGCCGGAGAAGGGAGCGAAAAGACGGCGGUUCUUCCCAAGCCUCAACUUCUCUUAAC